AGAAGUCCCCACGACGGCGGUCUUCGAUGUAUCGCGAGAGGACUCCCCGCGGCUACGUUUCCUGCUCGUACGACACGAGGGAUGUCGCACGGCGCCGCUUCGCGCUCGUAGGUACCGCAGGAUCCGAGGUCGAGACGGGAACGCGCGUGGAGCCAAGGAGGAGGUGGAAGGUCGCGUUAAACGGCGUGUCUGACGCUCCGACGCUGAUCGUCGCCGGUCGCGAGAACCCGUCGCUACCGCCAGCACCAUGGCAAUGAACGUGCCGUACGAGGCGAUCGGCAAGGGCUUCGUCCAGCAGUACUACGCGAUGUUCGACGACCCGGCGCAGAGGCCGAACCUCAUAAACAUGUACAACGCGGAGACAUCCUUCAUGACGUUCGAGGGCUUGCAGAUACAGGGCGCAAUCAAAAUCAUGGAGAAGUUAACUAGCUUAUCUUUUCAAAAAAUAAAUCGGAUAAUAACAGCGAUCGAUUCGCAACCGAUGUUCGAUGGUGGUGUUCUCAUUAAUGUACUAGGAAGGUUGCAGGCAGACGAGGAUCCACCACACGCCUUCUCGCAAUGUUUUAUCCUGAAGCCAAUGGGUAACUCGUACUACUGUCAGCACGAUAUUUUCCGCCUUAGCAUUCAUGACAGCGCAUGAACGAGGAAGAUCGUGCUGAUUUUCGCGACGAGCGUGUGAGCAGGCAGGUUGUCGAGCGACCGGAUGCCCUGGAGAUCAUGAUUAAUAAGUGAGCCACCUAAUCGCAUCGAUAACCCUCUCGUCACAACCACAUCCUACCUAUCCCCCAUUCUUUCUAUAGAUAAUAUUACAAGUUUUAUAUGAAGAAUAUCUCUCCGCUUAUAUCUUGGCCACGAUAAGGAAAAAAGAAAACCAAUCGAGAAACAUCCGAUAUCACACAGUUUAACUAAUUUCGUCGCUUUUCUCCGUACAACAUAAUACAUAUAUGCACACAGGUGCGCAGAUAUCUGUGUGUCCGGAAAAAAAAAAACGAAUCUACAUUUCUUAGUUAUACGUACUAGCACAACGUGCACACAUAAAUGUCUCAUUGAUUGAGAAUUUGAUUUUUGACGGCAGGUAAUAUCUUUGCAUUACUACGCUUUGAAAUGUAUUGUAACAUAUUUUACAUUCGAAAUGCUGUGUAUUUUUGUAACACAAAAAAAUGUUGGCCAUUAAAUACAAGAAUACGGAAUUAA